UCCUCCAAAACGUAUCCUCUAUCGUGGUAAUCAAAUUCCUUCCAUAUUUGACAAAUCCAAAACUAAAAUUUUCCAUUUACAAAAUAAAAAGGCAAGUAAAGAAGAAAAAAAGAAUGACGUUUCUAAGGUCAAUAGCCACAACCACGACCGCCAUAGCAGUCACAGCUCUACCUGCAUCUUACGUUGCAUCUUCUCUCUCUCACUCCUCUUCUUCAUCUUCAUCUUCAUCUUCUUCUCCAUUCUCGAAAUUUCUGGACUUCCAUUUUCUCUCUCCUCGAUCAUCUUUGAGCUCCUGCGCAGGCAAUAAAUUAGGGCUACUCAAGAAUUUGAGCUCACCGCCUUCUGCUGUUCAAAUGGAAAAUCCUAAAUCUUCUUCUUAUGAAAAUAUGAUGUUGCCGGAAUUAAUGACAGAGUUCAUGGUGGAUAUGAAGUGUGAAGGCUGUGUAAGUGCUGUCAAGAGUAAACUUGAGACUCUAGAAGGAGUUAAGAAUGUUGAAGUGGACUUGAGCAACCAAGUUGUCAGAAUUCUUGGUUCUUCACCCGUGAUAACCAUGGAAAAUGCUUUGGAGCAAACUGGUCGUAAAGCUCGACUGAUUGGUCAAGGUGUACUUGAAGAUUUCCUUGUGUCCGCGGCAGUUGCAGAAUUUAAAGGCCUAGAUAUCUUUGGAGUGGUUCGCUUGGCCCAGACUCACAUGGAGUUGGCUAGAAUAGAGGCCAAUUUUAGUGGUUUGCCACCAGGGAAACAUGGAUGGUCUAUAAAUGAGUUUGGUGAUCUGACUAGAGGUCCAGUCAGCACGGGGAAGGUUUACAAUCCACCAAUCCAAGGAAGUGAAAAUGAGCCAUUGGGUGACCUGGGAACAUUAGAGGUUGAUGAGAAAGGUGAAGCAUAUUAUACAGGAAUCAAGAAAAUGUUAAGGGUUGUUGAUUUAAUUGGACGGUCCAUUGUCUUGUAUGCAUCGGAGGACAAAUCCGAUCCUGGUCUUGCAGCUGCCGUGAUCGCGAGGAGUGCAGGGGUAGGUGAGAACUAUAAGAAGCUUUGCACAUGCGAUGGAACCACAAUUUGGGAGGCGAAGCCUGAUUUUGUCACUACUCACUAGCACGGUCUGAUAACAUCAUUAGACCAUACAGCUUGUACAGAUGUAUGGCAUUUCUAAGCUAGUUAUCGAUUACAGCUCCUUACCAAUGGAUAGUUGUACUACAGCCAUCAUGAUUUACUCGUUACAUUAUUAGUUCAAAUUAUGCUACUAUAUUGAUAAUUAAUUAAUUAUUAUAGGAAGAAAAGAAGUCUUCCCAAGAAAUCUAGAUGUUUCAAGGAAUUAUAACAAUCAUUAUAUAAUACUUCAUAAGAUUACUCCCAUCCCAAAUUUAUUGGAUGUUUACGAAGGCGACUUGUAUAAAGGGGCUAAUUGCCUAAUUGUCA